UACAGGUCGACUUUUAUUUUGAAAGAUAUCCGGAAGCGUUGUGGUUUUUUCGUCCUACUUGACCGUGAGAUCAGCGAGGGAGUUUACAGCCAGCGAGCUCCGAGCGGGCUGCGGAGGAUGUCUACCCCGCUGCGGGGACAAGCUCCGGGCGGGACGCUUGUGUCCAGUCGGCCGCUCCUCGCCCAGUCGCCGCGCACCUGCAGCCCUCUGCACCCAUGAAGCCCCCGCUGAUGAAGCCCCGAGCUGCCAGAGUGAGGCGGAAAGUGGCCGGAGACAGAGAGCAUGUACUGGCGCGUCGGGUUUGCCUGGACGCGGUCGUGUGUGGUUGAUCUUGGCCAGAACCAGAGCUUCUCCUCCGGCCUGCUGGGCUCCGAUGAGCAGCUCUCGUUUUAUGGGUACAUCAUCGCCUACCCACUGCAGGACUACGGCGGGAUCAUGUCAGCUUUGGGGUCGGACUCGUGGUGGCGGAAAACGCUGUAUUUGACUGGAGGGGCUCUGCUCGCUGCUGCUGCUUAUUUGCUGCACGAAUUGCUGGCCAUCAGAAAGGAGGAAGAGCUGGACUCUAAAGAUGCCAUCAUACUCCACCAGUUCUCCAGGCCCAAAACUGGCGUCCCUUCCCUGUCCCCUUUCUGCCUUAAGAUGGAGACCUACCUCCGUAUGGUGGACCUGCCCUACCAGAACUACUUUGAUGGGAAGCUUUCACCACAGGGAAAAAUGCCAUGGAUUGAAUACAACCAGGAGCAGGUCUUUGGUACCGAAUUCAUCAUCGACUUCCUGGAGGAGAGGCUGGGCGCGAGCCUCAACAAGAGCCUGACGCCGCAGGAGAAGGCCGUGUCUCGUGCCAUCACCAAAAUGGUGGAGGAACAUUUCUACUGGACGAUAGCUUACUGUCAGUGGGUGGACAACCUGGAGGAGACCCAGAAGAUGCUGUCAGUGAGCGGGCCGCUGAGUGACCUACUCAAGUGGAUCCUGAGUCACCUGACCGGCGGGAUCGUUAAGAGAGAGAUGUACGGGCACGGGAUUGGACGGUUCUCUGAGGAGGAGGUCUAUGCCCUGAUGGAGAAGGACAUGCGCACCCUGGCCACUCUACUAGGUGAUAAGAAGUAUCUUAUGGGCUCUAAGCUUUCAACAGUAGACGCUGCAGUGUUCAGUCACCUGGCCCCUGCUAUGUGGACGCUACCAGGAACACGGCCGGAGCAGCUCAUCAAAGGUGAGCUGAUCAACCUGGCCAUGUACUGCGAGCGCAUCCGCCGGCGAUUCUGGCCCGAGUGGUUUGUGGACCUGGAGGACUUCUGCUACAGCGACAGCACGGAGGGCAGCUUCUCGCCCUCUAAACUCCAGGACCUGGGCCUCUACUCCCGCACGGACACUUUUCAGGACAAUACACACACGCACUCCUCACACACUCACACACCAAAGGACCCUCUGUCGCCCGACAGCGACCCCACAGGCCACUCGCUGUAUGACUCUGACAUGGACACGGAGUGCUCUGAAAUCGACAAGUGUUGACGAAACAUACACGUGUCGUACACGCCACACAAACGCACAGCACAGGAGGGAGCUGCGUCUCACCUGUGCACAUGCCCCCUACCUCUGGGAACAGAACAUAAGUGGGGAGUGGUGUCUCCUGUGUCAGUGGAGAAGUUGAGGAGGUCUAACUUGCACACUGUAGUGGAGGAAUGAUUGGGUCAAAGGAUUAAAAAGUUGAGGUAAAGAGAAAACAGAGGCAGAUUAAAAACCAGGAGUAAAUGACGCGGCUGCCGAGAAACUCCUCCACGUGUUCGACGUCAUCUGCAGUCACAACUUCUACCUGUCGUCAUGUUGCCACUACCAUGGCAACUAAGUGUGUGCGUGCCCCCCGUCGUCCAUUGUUGUAGCAACUCGCACCGCCCAGCCUUGUGUGUGUUUGACUAACUGAACCCUUAACGCCUUGUAAUGAUAUGACAUCGGCACGUAGGGAACUGUACAGGGAUUCAUGAGAAUGAACAGUGUAAAUAUAUAAAUGGAUCAGAUUUAAUAGAUAGAAUAUUUGAUUAUAUAUGAGUAUAAAUAGUAUAGAUAGCCUGCAAAUAUAGAAUAAUCCCCUCCGUCAUAUGGUGUAAAUACUGUAGGUGUUUCUGCUUUAUGUUGGAAGUUGUCUUGUAGUAGUCUCCACUCUGCUGGUCUAGGAUCAGUAUGAGGAGCCUGAUGUCCUCCACCUAUGUGUCUACACAACUGGGAUGUUAAAGUAAUGCCUGCUGCUCAUAUUUAACUAGCGCAGUAAAAGUUCAUGGAAGAUAAUUGAUAGAAAAUCUGCCACAAGCACUUUGAAACUAUCUUUUGUCUUAUUAAGACGAUUAUUUUGCCAAAAAGAAACAUAAUUUUUCCCAUGUUAGAAGCAUAAUUAGCAACAUACAUCAUCAGGAUUGUCAUUGAGGACUGUAGCUUUAGGAUAUUUUACAUUCAUACAAGCAUUGAGCGAGUCAAACAAUCAUGUAGAAACAGAUCAAAUAGAUAUAUAGUCUGAAUGAAAGUGCAUGGCUGGUACGUGCCAAUGGAAAUGACCCUUUACACUUCACUUACUGUGGACAAUGUUAUCUAUGUAGAUUAUCUUAGCUGGCUUAUUUAUUAAGUUUGAUGAUGCAGUUUGUUUGUCGUGCCUCUGAUGUAGCCAUCCGGAAAAAGGACUUUUUUCCUUUCAGCUGUUUGGUUUGAAUCAAAAUGAUGGAGUGAGUCAGAAACAUGUGGAGCAAUAACAGAGCAGGUUAAUGCUGUGCUGUCAGCUGCGUGCUGUUCAGGCUGUGUGAUGGUUCGCUGCAGGUUUCAUGUGUGUUUGUCACUCAGCAAAUGCACAUAAACACUAUGUGUGUAAACCAGGUUAAAAAAAGUACACUUUAGUAGUCUUAAUUAAGUAUACUUAGUGUAGUCAUGAUUAAUGUACUAGUGUGUGCUUUUUCUGAUUUGCUAACAAUGCAGUGUAUUUCACUGUUUUAUUCUUAGACCAUUUUAUGAUGUACUUAAAGUUGUCUUUACUAGUAUGGUACUUUUAAAAAUGCACUUAAUUCUUAUUUUGUCUCAACUUGAAUAUUUUCCUUGAAAUAUAAAUGCAUUUCUAAUAUAUUACGAGUGUAUAAAUAGUUAUCUGAAAAGUGGAUAAUGUAAGCAUUUCUCAAAAAGAAAAAUAACUUAAAUAUAUUUAAGUUCAUCUAAAUGGUGUGUCUGAGUAGAACAGUCAAGUAUUCUUUCAGUACAUCUAAGGGGGAUAUCAUUAUGAUACUAAGUACAUUGUUAGAACGUCAAAAAUAGCACAUUUAGUACAUUAAGGAAGUGCACAUUAAGGUUUACUAAGUAUACUUAAAUGAUGUGUACUUUACUGUAAUUUUUUUAUCGGAUGAGGCUACUGAUAUGGAUGCAAGCAAGAGGUUUACAGUAUGUCUGUCCACAUAGCGCAUGGAUGAGUCACACUCUGAGUGAGAAUGAUGGCUGACGAAGUUUCACAGCUGAACCAUUCCUACCUGACACACACACACACACACACACACACACACACACACAAUUUGGAAUGUGCAUAUAUCAAGAAAAUGCAGUACUGAAAUGCCAAAAAUAUGUUUAAACUCAUUUAGAAGAAUCUCCAUGACCACUAGAGGGCAGUGAUGAGUUUAUUUCAACCUCAAAAUGUAACAUGCUGAGUACAUAUCUUAGUUACUGUUAUAUUGUGACCAAAUUGUAACCUUAAUUAUAAUCAACAGUGUUUGGUUAUGUUUUUAAUUAAUUAAUACAGGCCAAAAUUUUGUUUACAGAUUUUUUUUAAACUCUAAAAUCCAGAAUAAGUCAGGCUCUCUGUGUGAAGGUGUGGCACAAAAAAUAAAUUAAUAAAGAAAGAUGUAGCAUUAAUGUGUAGCAGUAUUCUGUAAAAUAGGAACAAUAUGGCAUCAUAUAUCUAACACAGAGGCAAGGGUCUCCCAAAAAUUACCAUAUGCAAUAAACUGCAUUGUUAAUUUUGUUUCAAGGGAAACAUAUUUUCCCCCAGAUUAUGUUUGUUUUUUACAUAUCACGUUUUGAAUCAAAGUUCAGGGUCAAUGGAUGGGUCAAACUUAUACAGGACCAAAAGUCGUUAUUGACUUAUUUCAACUUACAGACAAAUGUACUUACAUAACAUACUUGUGACAUAACAAACAUACUUAUUUUAACCCAAACAACAAUAAUUUCCUAAACCUAACCAUGUAGUUUUGUUUCAAUUCACAAUGUUAAUGUGUUUAAUACCACAACCGUAAUCUGAGAGGAAAAAUAUAUUUUUUAGGAGAUCGGGUUUUGUUGUCAUAAAUUUUGUUAAAGUAAGACCAUGAUGUUGAUGAGAGUUUCUUCACUUUAAGGCAUUCUGGGUUCUCAGUUUUACAGAAUUAUAUCAAAAACAUCAACACCAAUGGUCUCAUAUCCAGACCUUUAAUUCAGAGAGAGUAGAGCCUUUAUGUGUGUGAGCUGCAGAUGCAUUUUAGUACAAUAAUAUAAUAGUCUAAAGCAAAAAAAAUUAACUUAAAAAUGUCAUUUUGUCUUAAAACCCUGCGCCUGCAUGUUCUUGCCUUCUCUUAUUAGUCAGAUUUGGCCUUAUGGGAACUGAAAGCUGUUUACUUUAUAUCAGUGCCAGCAUAUGACUUAUGUUUUUAUAUGUCAUAUUUAUUAUUAUUUAUUUAUUUAACGUUGUUUAUAUUUAUAUAUUCCAAUUUAACAAUACUAUUGUUAAUUUUUUUUGCACUUUUCUUCUUCUGUUUACCUGUUUUUCUUCUGGCUGAGAGUCAAUCAGGCGUAUUGAUCUGUGUGUUGGUGUUGAUUCUGCGACUCCCACUGAACAAAGUGCAUAUUCUCAUGUUGCCAGUCAGUCAUUGCCGUGAUUGCAUGCGUGUCCAUGUUUUGAGCCGUCACGUGUGGUAAAUGUUAUAUUCAUGUCAUAAUAUCGGUGUCAUUGUGUUCAGAUAUUACAGUCCCUCAUCUGCUGCAAAUUUAACCGUCAAAAAUGGGAAUUUUUACUGUGCAGAGCUUCAUGUCCAGUUGAAAAAAAACAAACAUUGAGGUAAAAUACCAAACUGAGUGCUGGAGCUCAGAUCAGCAUGGUGAGGUCAGCCGUCCCGCUGAUCAGCUGAUGAUCAAAGUCCCUCUUGUAAGCUCACCCAUUACAGGAAACACUGUCCUUCCAGAUCUGUGGGCGACUUCAUCUGUCUCAGUGUUGCUCAGCAGUCAGAGGUCAGGGGUCGAGGUGUGUGUCGCUCUCCAUUGAGAUUUCUGCUUGUAAACUUUAGAAGCCAUAUUGUCUUGUGGUGUUGUGUGUGCUGAAACACUUGUGGAAUCUCAUCAAACUGUAAAUAAGAGAGCCGAGGGGUUAAAAAAACAGCAAAAUAACACGAUCUGUACUCAUUAAAAAGAUUCUUAUGAAUGUAUCAUACCUAGAGAUAAAAAGCUGUAUGACAAUGGAUUACUCAUAAUAUUUCAUUAAAUAUAGCUGUGGUAUUUUA